UUCGUCACUAGCCAAUGUUGUGCACUGACUGGGCAAAACAGUUACGCCCAAGUACAUGCCUGAACGCCUAUUGGUUGAUUUCAACAGCGCUGUGCUGAUUGGUUCCUUGAUGACUGCGCUCUCCCCCUCUUCUGUCUGGGAAUUCUGACAGGAAACAUGGCGGCGCCCUUGGCUAGGAUAUCAGUAUGGCCGGUGACCGGGAGGACGUUCAGUACCGCGGCCGCCUUAUGCCGACGUGCCGCUCCUUUGGGGCCUCUUCCCAAUGAACAGUUUAGGGGUAAGGAUUUGGACUCUCUGAAGAAGUAUCGUGGCUUCAAAAAGUAUUACUGCCAAGCUGACAAAGAGAGCAAGAAGACAAACUGGUGGCGGACGUACAGACAGUUUCUGUACCCGGACAAAGGUGAAAGCUUGCCGAAGGUUGACAUUGGGUUUCCCUAUGUUUCCUCUUCUUCAAAAGAAAGAGUUAAGGCCCAGAAGGAAGUGCUGAAAGCAAAUCAUCGGAAUCCAGAGCUAGAAAAAGCCUCACGUCACCGCACAUUGCUGAUUCCUUUGGAUGAAGUGCGCGCAGAGUGGGAAAGGACAUGGGGCCCCAAUCACAUACAGAGAGUGGCCGAACAUUAUGGGGUGUACAAAGAUCUUUUUGGAGAAGCCACAUUUGUUCCCAGGGUCACGUUAAGAAUCCACUACAAUUCAGCAGAGGAUACAGUGAUGCCUGUUUACUAUGGGAAUGUGGUUACUCCUACAGAGGCUGCAGCAGCCCCGGGGGUUUCAUUCGAGGCAGAAGAAGGUUCUUUAUGGACCCUACUGCUGACAAAUCCAGAUGGCCACUUAAGGGAUACAGACUCUGAAUAUGUGCACUGGCUGGUAGGGAACAUUCCCGGUAACCAGGUAUUUUCAGGAGAGGAGUUGUGUCACUACUUCCCUGCAUUCCCUGCUAAAGGCACAGGACACCAUAGAUACAUUUUCAUCCUUUUUAAGCAAGAAGAACGCCUUGACUUCAAGGAUGAGCUGCGCCCAUACCCAUGCCACAGCCUAAAGAUGAGAACCUUUAAGACGUUGGAUUUCUACAGAAAGUAUGAGGACAAAAUCACCCCCGCUGGCCUUGCUUUUUUCCAGUGUGCAUGGGAUGACAGCGUGACCAAUGUGUUCCAUAAUAUUCUGAAUAUGAAGGAACCAAUCUUUGAGCACCAGUUCCCUCCAGCUUAUCAUCCACCACAAGUGAAAUUUCCUCAUCUUCAGCCUCUAAGAUAUUUGGACCGAUAUCGGGACUCUAACGAGCCGACAUAUGGCAUUUACUAGUACAAGGAGACAGACCAUAGGUGCACCCUUAGAUUAUACCUGACUUAUGGACAACGAUUUUCCAUUUCUGUGUAUACUAAUGGCACACAACAGAACAAGGAAGCUGUUUUACAAGGGAUGUAUCUAAGCCAUCAUGGAAGAAAGUUGGUUUAGUUAGAAUUGUUUUGUAUUAAAAAAAAUAAAAUCAAUGUUUUGUG